AUGGUUUCAGUCGUCAAUAAGUCUGAAGAUCACAUUAGUUUUGGGACAGACGUAGUCACUGAAAUCAAAGGUGACGAUAUCGAACAUGUCACAACAAAAGUUGAAUCUUUUCAGGAAUCGGAUUCGACUGAACCUGUUCUGCAAAAUACUAGUUGGAAAAGGUUCAUCUGGGAUACUUGGGGUCAUCCAGAUAAGAAACACAAAAAAAUUAUAUUCAAACUUGAUUCCACCUUGUUAUUUUUUGCUUGUGCCUCAACAUUUGUUAAAUAUUUAGAUAAAAUCAAUCUAACUUAUGCUUAUGUUAAUGGAUUAAAAGAAGACUUACAUAUCAAUGGAAAUCAGUAUAAUUAUGCAAACACAGGUUACAACAUUGCAAGUAUGAUUUGUGGUUUUCCUGCUGCUUUCUUAAUGGUUCAGAUGAACAGUAGAUAUUUUUUAAUCUUGAUUGAGUUAUUAUGGACGAUUGUUACCUUUUGUCAAACUGCUGUUAAAACUCCUACGCAACUAAUUGUUGCAAGAACAAUUUUAGGCGCUUUUGAAUGUGGCCAUUAUCCAGCACUUGCAUACAUUCUGGGAACAUACUACAGUCCUCUAGAGCUAGCAAAAAGGUCUGUUAUUUUACAAGCUACCACAUCUAUUGGCUCCUUUUUUGGUGGUUAUGUUGCAUCUGGAGUUUAUACAGGUUUGAAUGGAGUGAACGGUCGUGCUGGCUGGAGGUGGGUGUUCAUUAUUGACGGAGUUAUUUCCAUUGGGCUUAUUCUAUUCCAGCCAGACUUCAUUUUAAAUGAAGAUGAUAUCCACUACUUGAAGAAAAGACUACCUGAGCAGCAGACCGAUAACUAUAAAUUCACUUAUAAGGACAUAAUUAGCGCCUUGACUGAUUGGAAAGUUUGGGGCUUUUGGUUUUUUGGUGUGUCACAAGAUAUUACAUCGUUGACGAACACCUUUUUCUCUUUGUGGCUAAAAGCUUGGAACACCAAGAAGCCCCAUAGUUACACAAUUCCUCAAAUAAAUCAUUAUGCCUCAAUUAUCUAUGCGGUCCAGACAUUUGUUGCUCUUGGAGGUGGCUGGAUAUCAGAUACCCUACUGAAAGGUAAUCGUUGGUUACCAAUCGCCAUAUCUGGUUUUGUCGCAUUUGCGAUCAACAUUUGCUUGGGAGCUACUCCACUUUACCCUCACAACAGGGCAUUCAGAUUCUUUUUGUACUGUAACACAGGGUGGGCUUUGGGCACUGCAGGUCUAUAUUGGGCAUGGGCACAAGAAAUUUUCAAGGAUAAUGUGAAAAAAAGAGUGAUUUGUACUGGUGGAAUCAAUAUAUUUUCUUUUGUUGCCAACAGUAUUUGCAAUAAUAUCUGGUAUAAAACCUCAAAAGGUCCGCACAUUACAGCAGGUUACUAUUUAUCUGGAACAUGUGGGCUACUCUAUUCCCUCAAUGCUUUUUUGCUUGGAUUCGGAGACCGCAGACGGCUGAGGGACGUCAGAAACAGUUUGAUCCAGUAAAGAAAAAACUAAGUUAUUUUAAUGGUGACCAUCCGAAAACCAAUCUCAUUCUCUUCAAACUUUUUUGAGCUUUGCCGUGUACUCUUUUUUUUCUGUGAUUUACAAACUUUUCA